UUUUGUAGUAUAAUUCCUGGCUUUUGUGAAUAUUAGUCUUGAUUUUGUUCUUUGGGGAAAUGUUCUAAAUUCGUAUUUAACGCUUGUUUGAGUUCAAUUUGUUCUUUCAUUUUCUACCUCCUGGAUUAUUGGGUUGAAUUUGAUUGCGAACUUAGUUGUAUUUCCUUUUUUAAACUCAAAUUUGGUAUUUAAAAGGGGCGAAAGAACAAUAGUCUUUUCUUUUGAUCCCGCCGAGUAACUUUAUUUAACUUUCUUUUCCUGCGGCUGAAUUGAGUGUACUGUGAAAAAUAUUAUCGAGUGAUACAUCGGAAAGUUUUAUAGACCAAUUCAAUGGCAAUUGUCUGUCAAGAUAAUGCCCUUCAAGUGUUAUGAUUUAAUGCAGCUCUUGAUUCACUGGGUCAGACUGGUAUUAACUACUACGGAUUGUGGGUAUUGAUUUGAUUGAGGGCUUUUUCGGCCGCUUUGUCUUUUUUUGACUGUUAAUUCCCUAAAAACGGAUCGAAGAUCGGACGAAUUAAUUGAAAACUGACUCAAUUGCUAUUCGCGAUCAACCAAAAGGCUCUUUGUGUUAUCUUAUCUCUGGAAUGUGAAAGAAUCAGAUGAAUUUAUCCCUAUUAAUUUUAGAAUUGAAAGCUGAAACUUUUAGUACCAUGCGUAUUAGGGAGAGUCCGGUGCUUAAGCUGUAAUAAAUGUCUUCUUAAAUUAUGCUCCUCAAAAAAUGAAGAAAAUCAAAUUGAUAGGCUUGCUUUUUAUUUAGUUCCGGAUAACAUUCUGCAAUUGGUGUUAACUGUUAAGAUAUCUUCAGUCGGUUUUCUUUGAUUCGCUUUUAAAAGCAAGUUAACUUAAUGGACCAGGGACUUUUCCGAUUUGUUUAUACCCUGACUUAAAAAUCUCUGUGCUUAUCAUAUUGAUGUUAGUUGAUGAAAGUCUGCUGAGCUGGGUAAAGCUUAUCUUCUUAGACCGAUCAUGUUUAUCUCCAGUUACUGUUCCGAUAAGUUGACAACUAAACACGAGCACUAUUUAGGCAGUUUUGCCGUCAAUAGCUUGAGCUUGAUUUUAUGGAUUCUUUUCCUUUUGAUGACUAUUUAGAGCUCAAAACUUCUGUUCCUUCCCUCAAAUCUCAACUUGUAGAUCGCAGUUUGUUUUAAAAGGCACAAAGGGCCGACUAUUUAUUCCAAAAGAUUAGAUCAAAACAGCAAACUAAAAGUAAAGUAGGCUUUUAUUAACUAUUAGUAAGUAAUUCGACCAUUUAAUAAAUUCAUAAAAUGAGACUUCCGCCGAUAUUUUUAUUGGCCUUGUGUUCUUUGUCAACCGCGCAAUCUGCUCCCAAAGGUCAGACAAAUGAAGAGCGUCUGUAUCACCACCUGUUCGAUCGGAAGAACUACUCGCGCUACACGCGUCCGGUGGAGAGACCCACUCACAAAGUACUCGUUAACCUCACCCUGGAAAUGCUGCAGAUAGUGCUUAUAGAUGAGAAGGCAGAGUACAUGAAGGCUAGUGUCUGGUUCACUCAUGCCUGGAACGACAGGUACCUCAGCUGGCUGCCGGAGGACUUCGAGAACAUCCAAAUCAUCCGGGUGCCGCCGUCGCAGGCCUGGAAUCCAGACAUAGUGCUGUUGAACAAUGUUGAUGGUAAGUUUGAAGUGUCGUACGAGUGCAAUCUGUUGAUCAGUGCAGAUGGCACCAUCCAGUGGAUGCCUCCCUCCAUCUACCACAGCUCCUGUCUCAUGGAUGUCCUCUACUUCCCUUACGACACACAGAGGUGUCCCAUGAAGUUCGUCUCCGUCACCUACGACGAGUCACAGCUGGAUAUUCUGUGUGACGAUGAAGUGAUCUUCGACCCCGUGGCGUUCUCGCCCUCGGCCGAGUGGAAGGUUCUGUCGUCGCCCUGUCGCUGCACUCGCUCCCCCAUGCCAGGCACAGACCUGUUCCACACAGCCAUGGUGUGUGAAUUCCAACUGCGUCGCUUGUCUCUCUACUACACCAUCAACUUCGUCAGUCCCAUCGUCAUCCUCACAUUCCUCGCCAUCCUCGGAUUCUAUCUGCCCUCGGAGACGAACGAGAAGAUUCCCCUGUGUACUUCUAUUCUACUCUCGGUGACUAUGUUGCUCCUGAUCGUGGUGAAGAAUUUUGUGCCCACUACUAGUUUUGCUCUGCCUCUCAUUUGCCAGUAUCUACUUUUCAGCAUGAUCAUGGUCUCCUUCAGUAUCAUUUCGACUGUGGUAGUUUUGAACUUCCACCACAAACCACCACUUUCAUCCCUAAUGCCUCACUGGGCUUACCGGUUCUUCAUCCAGACUCUGGCCCACUGGUUUGGAAUUGGAAUCACAGGAGACCAGCCCUGUUCGAAUCUGCCUCGCUCCGUCUCCACCUCGGAGCGAUUGCGAAGUGUGAUGCGAGGCCACGAGGACCUAGUCAUCUCGAAUUUCCGACUGAACGAACUCCUAGCUCCGACCGAACACAGUGUGCGGUCGUCGCGUUCUAUCUUCGUGGAAGCGAGACUGAACAAACAGGACUCAAUGAGUGACAGCUCCAUGGAUGCUCUCACUCCUCCGGUCCCAGUGAGCACCACAAGCACUCCAUGUCCAGACCCCGCCUCCCAGCUGAUGGCCAUGUUGGGCCUGCUUCCCAGGGAAAUCAAACAGGGCACGGAAGCCGUGAACUACAUCAGCAAGCGAUACGUUAAAAACGACAUUUGCAAAAAGAUCAAAGACGAGUGGCACGUAUUCGCGAAAGUUCUGGACAGGAUUCUGAUCAUAAUUUACAUGACUGUGAUUGUAGUGGGAUCUCUCUUGAUAUUCCUACAAGUUCCAAGCAUGCGCGAAGACUCAGUCCAAACUGUACACAACUUCGCCACUACUGCGUGGAACAAAGCCAAAAGACUCUAACCUCCAGACCCCCUCCCCUGGUUUGAAACCUAAAUUGAAUCAAACUAUUUUCUGUUCAAUUAUAGAAUGAAGUAUUUA